AUGACCCUGGUGACGGUCAAUCAUUUGUCUCCACCUACUGGCAUAAAGAAACCAUGUUCCAUCUUUCUGAACUGUAGUUGUGGUGAUCCACCUUACAUUCAUAAUACUUUUCGAGAUCAUUCUAACAGCAACUUGUUUCCGGCUGGGAUUGUAGUGAAAUACAACUGUGUGGGAGGUUAUGAGUUAAUCCCUGGAAUAUCCUCUGCAAGUGUUACCUGUCAAAAAGAUUUUACAUGGUCUGAACAUGAAGAAUUUUGUCAGAAAAUUAGAUGUCCAUCUCCAGACAUUACCAAUGGAAGAGUGAGACCUAGAAAAGAAACCUACGUGUAUGAGGAUGAGAUUCGCAUUGAAUGUGAUCCCAGUUACGCCCUCAAAGACAAUUAUGUAUCGAUUAAAUGUGAACGUAAUGGUGCAUGGCAUCCUCCAUUACCAAUUUGCGAACCAGCUUGUGAGCCACCUGCACGCAUCUCUAAUGGACGGGACGACCGCGGCUGGGAAAACGUUUUCCUUGUUGGCUCAAGUGUGAGCUACUCCUGUAACCGUGGUUGGUCACUUGUUGGAGUAUCCUCCAUUCGAUGUACAGCUGGUGAUGGGGGAACUCCACGCUGGGAUGCACCUGUCCCUGAGUGCAAAGAGAUUCCUCAUUGUCCAAACCCAGUUACUGAACAUGGAAAACAGAUCUCUAUCCAUCAAACUGAAUAUACAAUUGGAAACCGUGUUGAGUUUCAAUGUGAAUCUGGCUACAUCCUCGAAGGCAGCAAGUCAAUCGAAUGCCAGGCAAAUAAGACAUGGAAUCCUCGAGUGCCAUCUUGUGUUAAGGCUUGUGAGCCACCUGCACGCAUCUCUAAUGGAUGGGACGACCGUGGCUGGAGAAAUGUUUUCCUUGUUGGCUCAUGUGUGACCUACGACUGUGACCGUGGUUGGUGA